CAUUCAAGUGUCGGCAAAAUCGGGAUGCUAAAGUGUCUGUUGCCGUUGGUGAUUCAAAUAGUACUCAAUUGGCAAAACACAGAGGCAUUACCCGACAUCAUAAAAAUAGGUGGACUCUUUCAUCCCUCGGACGACCAUCAGGAGCUCGCCUUUCGUCAAGCUGUUGAGCGCAUCAAUGCCGACCGCUCCAUUUUGCCCCGUUCCAAACUUGUGGCCCAAAUAGAGCGCAUUUCACCGUUCGACAGCUUCCAUGCCGGCAAACGGGUUUGCGGCUUGCUCAACAUUGGCGUUGCUGCAAUUUUUGGACCACAAUCCUCACAUACCGCGAGUCAUGUGCAGAGCAUCUGUGACAACAUGGAGAUACCGCAUUUGGAGAAUCGCUGGGACUACCGCCUGAGACGAGAAAGUUGCCUGGUGAAUCUUUAUCCUCAUCCUAAUACACUCUCAAAGGCUUAUGUGGAUAUUGUACGGCAUUGGGGCUGGAAGACAUUCACCAUUAUCUACGAGAACAACGAUGGCAUUGUGCGAUUGCAGGAGCUGCUCAAAGCCCAUGGCAUGACACCAUUUCCCAUAACUGUGCGCCAGUUAAGUGAUAGCGGGGAUUAUCGUCCACUACUGAAGCAGAUUAAGAACUCAGCCGAGGCGCAUAUUGUGCUGGAUUGUUCCACGGAGCGUAUACACGAGGUGCUCAAGCAGGCUCAACAGAUUGGCAUGAUGAGUGAUUAUCACAGCUAUUUGGUUACAUCUCUGGAUCUGCACACUGUUAAUCUGGAGGAGUUUCGUUACGGUGGCACAAAUAUAACUGGCUUUCGUUUGAUUAACGAGAAAGUCGUUUCGGAUGUGGUGCGUCAGUGGAGCAUCGAUGAGAAGGGUAUGUUGCGGUCGGCUAAUCUCACCACUGUCCGGUCCGAAACGGCUUUGAUGUACGACGCAGUUCAUCUGUUUGCCAAGGCAUUGCAUGAUCUGGACACUUCACAGCAGAUCGAUAUUCAUCCGAUCAGUUGUGAUGGUCAAAGCACUUGGCAACAUGGUUUCAGUUUAAUUAACUACAUGAAAAUUGUGGAAAUGAAGGGACUGACCAAUGUUAUCAAGUUCGAUCAUCAAGGCUUUCGCACUGAUUUUAUGCUCGAUAUUGUGGAAUUAACACCUGGCGGCAUACGCAAAAUUGGCACCUGGAAUUCAACGCUACCCGAGGGCAUUAACUUUACCAGAACUUUCAGUCAGAAACAACAGGAAAUUGAGGCGAACUUGAAGAACAAAACAUUGGUGGUGACUACCAUAUUGAGCAAUCCCUACUGUAUGCGCAAGGAAUCGGCAGUUCCUCUCACUGGCAACGAUCAAUUCGAAGGUUAUGCCGUGGAUCUUAUACAUGAAAUAUCCAAAUCCUUGGGCUUUAAUUAUAAAAUACAACUGGUGCCCGAUGGCAGCUAUGGUAGCCUAAAUAAAAUGACUGGGGAGUGGAAUGGCAUGAUCAGAGAGCUUCUGGAACAACGCGCUGAUUUGGCCAUUGCCGAUCUCACAAUCACCUUUGAGCGAGAACAAGCUGUUGACUUUACCACACCAUUUAUGAACCUGGGCGUUUCUAUACUCUAUCGCAAACCAAUCAAACAGCCACCCAAUUUAUUCUCCUUCCUGUCGCCUUUGUCGCUGGAUGUUUGGAUUUACAUGGCCACAGCAUAUUUGGGUGUUUCCGUCUUGCUUUUCAUCUUGGCCAAAUUCACUCCCUAUGAGUGGCCUGCCUACACCGAUGCUCAUGGCGAAAAGGUCGAGAGUCAGUUUACAUUGCUCAACUGCAUGUGGUUUGCCAUCGGAUCCCUGAUGCAACAAGGCUGUGAUUUUCUGCCCAAGGCACUUUCCACCCGCAUGGUUGCUGGGAUUUGGUGGUUUUUUACGCUCAUCAUGAUCUCCUCGUACACCGCCAACUUGGCUGCCUUUUUGACUGUGGAGCGCAUGGAUUCGCCUAUUGAGAGUGCUGAGGAUUUGGCCAAGCAGACAAGAAUCAAGUAUGGUGCACUCAAAGGUGGCAGCACAGCGGCUUUCUUUAGGGACUCUAAGAUCUCGACAUAUCAGCGGAUGUGGUCCUUCAUGGAAUCGGCACGUCCAUCUGUAUUUACGGCCAGUAAUGGGGAAGGAGUUGAACGUGUUGCCAAGGGCAAAGGUUCCUACGCCUUCCUGAUGGAGUCCACAUCUAUUGAAUAUGUAACCGAGAGGAAUUGCGAAUUAACCCAAGUGGGCGGCAUGUUGGAUACCAAAAGCUAUGGAAUCGCCACACCGCCAAACUCUCCUUAUCGCACUGCAAUCAACAGUGUCAUACUCAAGUUGCAGGAAGAGGGCAAGUUGCACAUACUGAAAACCAAAUGGUGGAAGGAGAAACGCGGCGGUGGCAAGUGUCGUGUUGAAACAUCCAAGUCAUCAUCGGCGGCCAAUGAGCUGGGACUGGCCAAUGUGGGCGGUGUAUUUGUGGUGCUAAUGGGCGGCAUGGGCGUGGCCUGUGUCAUAGCCGUCUGUGAGUUUGUGUGGAAGUCACGCAAAGUCGCUGUCGAGGAGCGUCUUAGUGCUAUUUUAAAUGAAUGAGGAAAAUUGUAAACCCAGGACGAAUGGGUUUAAUAAUAGGUCGACAGUUUGGACCAGGAAUUCUAAAUGCAAUUGAGCAUAAAUCCCAAUAUGUGUAGUACAUAGCUACGUCAAGUAUUCUGGCGAUUGAGGAAAGCAUAAACAUAUAGUUGGAAUAUAGAACAAUUUGGGAAAGAUGCGGAAGAGACUAAGAGAAAUGGCGCCACCAAUGAAAAAUCGCACUACAUAAAAUACGUUUCAUUGAAAAAAACUUUUGAAAAGUAGCGAUAGUCACGAAAUUUAUAUACAAACACAACUUAUAAUAACCAUUAAUACUUACAUACAUAUAUAUACACAAAAGUUAUAUGAUAAACCAACUUUCGUACUAACAUUCUUAUAAAAACUUAGAAUACAAUUACGAAUUACAAUCGAAAUCGUAUGCAUUUAUAUUUAAAAAGCAUUUUUGGAAUUGUACUUUAGUCAUAAGUGUAGUUAAUUUAUACACAAACAUACAAACAUUUAAUACACGCAUUCAAACAUAUGCAUUGAGCGCGAUUAGAGCGCUUAAACUAUAACCUAAAACCAUGCUCAUGCAAAACUAAGUUAGUAUAUAGCCUAAACCUAAGUAAACUAUAUAACACAUAGGUUAGACUCCUCUCCUCUAUAAUUCCGAUCCCUUCCAUUUACUAGCUUUAAGUUUGUAAAAUGUAAUUACCUUACACGCAAUUUUGAUGAACAAUUUCAUAAAUAUAAUUAAUAAUUAAAUAAACGAA